AUGACGAAAUCAUCUACGAGCAGAGACGCCAUUGUCAUUGUCGGGGCCGGCAUCGCUGGCCUGGAUGUGGCGCUCGUCCUCGCCGAGCGCGGAUUCGGGCCCUUGAUUACCGUCGUCGCGCAGUUUCUGCCGGGCGACACGUCUCCGGAGUACACCUCGCCCUGGGCCGGGUGCAACUUCUCAGCCGUCUCGGGAAGCGACGAGAAGGCCUUGCGAUGGGAUCGCCUGGGCUACGCACACCUCGGCAGGAUGGCGUCGGAACACGGCAGGGAGGCCUUUGUUGCCCGGACGCACUCGAUCGAGUAUUGGGAUGCCAGCGUGCCGCACGACAAGAUCCGGACCAUGUCGGAGUACCUUGAAGACUUCAGGAUGAUCCCGCCCUCGGAGCUCCCACCCGGCGUCCAGUGCGGCGUCUCAUGCACCACCUUGGCCGUCAACGCGCCGCGACACCUCGAGUACCUGCACCGCCGGCUCCGCGACGACUUGGGCGUGCGCUUUGUGCGCCGCCGGCUCGACGGCAUCCGCGCGGCCUUUGCGACGCCCGCCACGCGCCUCGUCUUCAACUGCACCGGCAACGCCGCCAGAACGCUGCCGGGCGUCGAGGACCCGCUGUGCUUCCCGACGCGCGGGCAGGUCGUGCUCGUCCGGGCGCCGGCCGUCUCGUGCACCAUGAUGCGCUAUGGGAGCGACUACACGACGUAUGUGAUCCCGCGGCCGGGGUCCAACGGAAACGUCAUCCUCGGGGGAUUCAUGCAAAAGGGCAACAGUGACGCCGCCACGUACGCGCACGAGACAGAGUCCAUCCUAUUCCGCACAUCGGCGCUGUGCCCGGAGCUGCGGCGCCAGCCCUUCGAGGUCCUCGCCGCCUUCGCCGGGCUGCGUCCCUCGCGGGAGGGCGGCGCGCGCGUCGAGCGCAGUGACAUGUCCGUCGGCGGGACGAUGCGGGCCCUCGUGCACAACUACGGCGCCGGCGGCACCGGCUUCCAGGCGGGCUACGGGUUCGCCGUUGAUGCCGUCGCGACGGCCGAGGACGUCUUGCGCGAGCUGCGUGGCGGUGAGGCCCGUUCGUCUCACCUGUGA